AUGCGGAGCCCUCGCCCAGAUUACACCCCUCCCCACUUCACUCAGGACCAGGGGACAAGAGAAGAGUCAUCGCUCACCCUCUUCAGCAUUCAAAUAUCUUUCCUCAGCCUAGCCAUUGGAGCCAUUGCGCUUUUUGGUGGUAUCCUUCUUCCCGGUCUUGUUGAGACACAGCCGAGAGAGAAUUGA